AUGGGCCCGGCUUUGAGAAACGAGUUGGAAUCACGGUCUGUGGCCCAAAACCAAACAAAAUCAAUCGAGCAAUAUAAAAAUCAGCAAGCAGCAAACGAGGAUGCUGGAGGGAGUGGAAGAGGAGGGUAUUUGUGCAGGCAAAGCAGUACAAGGUGGACUCCCACAAGUGACCAGAUAAGGAUACUGAAGGACCUUUAUUACAACAAUGGAGUUAGGUCCCCAAAUGCAGAGCAGAUUCAGAGGAUCUCUGCUAGGCUGAGGCAGUAUGGCAAGAUUGAAGGCAAGAACGUCUUUUACUGGUUCCAGAACCACAAGGCUCGUGAACGCCAGAAGAAACGCUUCACCUCCACCUCUGAUCAUCUCCCCAGUCCCAUGCACUUGCAAAGACCUCCUUCUUCCGCUACUACUAAUUGGAAGCCUGACCACGAGUCCAUUCUUCAUCCGAAGUAUUCUAACAUACCGCCAUCUCACGGCGUUUCUUCUGCUUCAUCUUCUACUGCUGGGAUGGUUUCCCUGGGCCAGAUGGGGAACUAUGGGUAUGGAUCUGUGACUAUGGAGAAGUGUUUUAGGGACUGCUCAAUAUCAGCAGCAGGAAGCAGUGGCACCAUAAGCCACAAUUUGGGAUGGGUAGGUAUGGAUCCAUACUCAAACUACACUAACUUCUUGGACAAAAUAAGGCCUGGCGAUCAAGAAACGCUGAAAGAAGAACAAGAAGGAGAAGAUGGAGCCCCUGAGAUUGAAACUCUCCCUCUUUUUCCCAUGCACGGUGAGGACGUCCACGGCUACUGCAACCUCAGGUCUGAUUCUUCUUACUAUGGCGGUGGCUGGUAUCACGGCGAUGAAUAUGGCUUCAAGAACAAUGGCUCUCAUCGUACUUCCCUCGAGCUCACUCUCAACUCCUACACCCGCAGAUCUCCAGAUUCAAGUUGA